GAAAUUUCUUCCAGAGAUGAAUGCCAAGAAAAUUGAGUUUGAACAGUUUCUGCCCAUGUUGCAAUCUAUUUCCAACAACAAGGACCAGGGCACCUAUGAAGACUUUGUUGAGGGUCUGCGUGUCUUUGACAAGGAAGGCAAUGGCACCGUUAUGGGUGCUGAACUUCGUCAUGUACUAGCUACACUAGGUGAAAAGAUGAAAGAGGAAGAAGUGGAAGCCCUGAUGGCAGGUCAAGAAGACUCCAAUGGCUGCAUCAACUAUGAAGCUUUUGUCAAGCACAUCAUGUCUAUCUAAAUGGAGCUCUCAAGAUCAAGCAUUGUUUAUGAAGACUGGCUGGAACGUUAUUCUAAGAACACCCAUGACUAACUGUCCAAAUCUGUUUACCAUCAUUCAGAAAAACAAAACAAUUUGGACCAUUUUAGACUGAAGGACUCCCUGAAUUUUUAUACACCUUAUGUUUCUCUCUGAAUUACAUUCAUAUCACACAAACCAAGUGUCUGCUGCUCUAGAGAAGAAGGAUAAAAUACUGACAAUCUCAAAUCCAAGCACUGCUCUUUAUUUUCUACCAUGGGUCAAAGAACAUCCUUAAAAUAAAAAAUCAAUAAAUAAUUUUGGUCAGUCUGGAA